AUGGCAUCCGGUAGCUCCAGGUAUCUGUUCUUAGAGAGAGAUGUUCGUGAACCCAUUCGCUUUUCCAGUUACGGGGUGAUGUACGGUGCAAAAAAUAUCAUGACGGGCGAGAAAGUAAGAAUAAAGGUUUAUGAAGAAAAGGAUCGUGAGAGAGCAAAACGAUUCAGAUUUUAUAAAGAGGUGUAUCUUUUUCAAGAGCUGUGGGAUUGUCGCUAUCUUGUGCAAUUGAUUGAGUAUAAGAAGAUGGACGACCAAUUACACCGCUUGGUGAUAGAAAACAUUCCAACUGGCAUGUUUCCACUAAGCGUAGCUGUUGUGGAAGUGCGGCGGAUUAAAUCUCUGUUCUAUCAAUUUUUGAAGACGCUGGAGAGUCUACAUUGCCAAGAAAUGCUGUUUCAGUUGAACCCUGAAAAUGUGUAUUUUAAUGAAGAUACAAUAAAGGUAGAUGGGAUCUCUGGCAUGGUGAUGAGCAAAACCUUUGAUGACAAGGAAAUCAUUACCCCACUCCGGUACAAGGCUCCAGAACUAUGCCUCCAAUAUGGUGCACAAAAUUCUUGUUCUGACAUUUGGUGCUUGGCAUGUAUCAUGGCUGAGGUGGUUCUGAACUGCUCGUUGUUCGUUUGUAAUGAUGAUGAUGCAACCUGGAUUCUUCUAGAUCAAUGCUUUGCGUCGGGAAAGGAAUACGAACCAAACAAGAUUGCGCAUACGUCUCUUACAGCAUGGACGUAUGGAUCCAUUGGGAGCAGACUUAAUAAAGGCUAUGAUGGUAUACAAUCCACGAAGAAGAUUGACGGUGCAAAGCACUUUGAAUCACCCUUAUUUCAAUGA